GGCCAUUCCCGUGACGUCAUUUCCACGCCGGAACACGCGGAGGUAACCAAACGACUCGCCUGACACAAAAUCAGCGUAGAAAUGAAUAAUGUCUUUAUGAUAAGCAACGAAGUAUUUUAAUAAAAAGUCAAAAUGGUGUCCACAGAUUUGAAAGCCUUGAUUCAGAGGUUUUACCAGCUUCAGUCGGAGCGCCUUGAGACAUAUCGACUCUUUGAGGAGGGACACGAGGCCUACCUGAGGACGGGCCCCCAGUAUGACUUCGAGCACUACAAGCAGCUGGUCCAUGAGAUAACGCAGGCCUUCGGCGGCAUCUCCAAAGAGGUGCUGGACAUCAAGGAGAAGUUCCACCAGCAGUUAGACCGGCCCGACCUUUCGGAGCACGUCGAGAAGCUGCAGUGCAAAGAGAAGCAGAAACUCGAACUGAUAGCCCAGCUGCAGCUGGCUAGGCAGCAUGCUCAGGACCACCCUGAAGACGACGCCUGUCAAGAGAGAAUACACCAUCUCAAACACGAGAUCAUCAAGAUUAAGGAAGCGCUGAGCGACGUCAUGCAGGACUUUAAGUACGACUCUGAGGAGAUUGAUUGACGCCCAGACUUCCUCUUUGGACAGCAUAGCUGCAUGUAUUGAUCCUCCUCUGGCUCCGCCCACCUUUCUGCUGCAGUCUUACUCCAAACAAGCCUUUCUUUUUAUGGAUUGUGUGUUUUUUUUGUUUUGUGCAUUCAUAUGUAAAUAUUUUUAGCAUAAACUUGUCAAACCCAAUGAA